CUCUAAAUAUAUUAUCAUAUUGUAUUUGUUGUCACUUUGUAAACAUUCGGUUAGAUUUUUUAUUGUUCAAUUAAAUUAAGUGCUUAAAUACGUCAUUAUUGUUGUUGCAGGCGUGCAACUGCUUGCGUAGUGGGCGUGUCAUUCUUUUAGGCGGCAACAAUUCGAUUUCCUCGAGAAUGGCCGAACUAUGUCUCACAAGCGGUGGAGCUCGUCAGAUUCCAUUAAGCCCCCAUGAACCCCCUCUACUGCAUCAGCAGCAAGCCAAAGAUGUUGCUAAUACCAGUUCAACUACAAUGUUUAUUGAGGAUGAGGUUCAUGGUGUAAUAUGCCUGCCCGAUCAUAUAAAUGAAAUUGUGGAACAUCCAUUAUUUCAACGUUUGAAAAAUGUCAAUCAACUGGGAUUAAUACCAUCAUUACGACCAGAUGCCAAUCACAAACGUUACGAUCAUUGUUUGGGAACCUACAAUAGUGCCAAGGAACAUUUGAAUGCUUUGGAAUAUAACUCGAAAAACUUUCAGCCAAAGUUACCCAAUUGGUGUCGUAAUGCUGUAGAAAUAGCCGCACUUUUACAUGACAUAGGACAUGGAGCAUUUUCGCAUGUCUGGGAAUGUGUGUGCCAGGGUCAAUUUGAUCAUGAAUCAAAUUCGGUUGCCUGUGUGGAUAUAAUUUUUGCAGAUGUCCAGAGUCCUGAGCUACUUAAAUUGCGUGAAGAUCAGAAUGGACGAGGGGUACAAUUGAUCAAGGCUUUGAUUCUGGGCUGCAAGGAAAUGCUAACUUUUCCCAUGCUGGGACAUACAUAUAUAUUUGAUAUUGUGCACAAUCGUCGCUGUGGCCUGGAUGUCGAUAAAUGGGACUAUCUGAGGCGUGACAAUAAACGUUUGGGCAUUCUCAAUGAUAAGGAAAUGGAUUUCAAUCAGAUUUUUUUAAAAUCACGCAUUGGUCCAGAUGGCCAGUAUAUUGAAUAUCGUUAUGAGGACUAUCAUCGUAUAUAUCGUCUAUUUAUGGCCAGAUGGCGACUUCAUUCGGAUGUCUAUCAAACACCCAAAGUAUUGGCUAUGGAUCAAAUUUUGAAGAGCUUAAUCCAACACAUACAACCCGAACUGAAGGCAGUGCGUGCCCAGGAUGGGAAUGCCUGGUUGGAAUUGUAUGAUCAACGUGUCUUUGAAUUGAUUGCCAAGCAUCCAAAGUCGAUAUAUCUAAGGCAAACACAACGUCUCAGGGAAUGCUCCGAGGAAGAUGCUGGGGCUAGUGAGAAUAUUAUUAGAGUACAAACGCAAAUCCAUGGUCCGGGCAAAGUUAUGAUGCCCGAUGAAUCAUAUCCCCUCUAUGGAGAUAAAUGUAAAAAACGUCAAAUUGUUCGCUACUUGAUGUCGACAAAAAUCAACAAAGUAUUUCAAAUGGAUUAGACAAAGAUUAGCAAUAGUUGUCAUUUCGUCUCUCUCUCUCGCUCUCUUUGUAUCUCUUCUAUC